ACAGCUGGAUUUGACCUGUUUACUGUUUAUUUGUUUGUUUGUUUGUUUGUUUAUCGCUGAGCUGCAGUGAGAGGAUGGCUAAGCUGAGAGUCUACAGUCCGGGGGUCCGAGUGGGGAACUGGAUAGAGGAACUCAACCUGGAGGAGGAGGCUCUGAGAGAUUUUCUGCAGAGGAAGGAAAGAGGAGAACUCACUGUCCAGAAACACGGCAUCCUGAGACACGCCCUCCUCCGGCCUGUGAGUCUGUCCGUGACGCCGGACGGUCUGUUGCGUUUUGGAGACACGGUCCAGCUGCUGAGCGCUCGCGGAGUGACGCAUGACCCCUGUGACCCCUGCACCCCCUGCGCCCUCAGCAUCAUCGCUGACCUCAGCAACAUCACAUCGCACCUGGGCGACUCCACGCCGGCCCUACAUGGGCCCUGUCAGGUGGGCGGAGCCAGGGGCAUGGAGCCGUGUGUGAGGAACUCCUUUAUAAUCACCAGUGUGGACGAGACUUCUGAUGGAGAGAUUCUCAGAUACGAGCAGAGCUUCGCCCUCAGGACGACCAGCGGAUCCGGUGGAGAGCUUUACCUGGCCAGUGACCACAGAACCUUCCAGAAGUGUGCUAAAAAAUCCCGGCUGCAGGAAGUGAACUUGGUGCAGCAGCUGGACUUCCUGUGUUGGUGGAGGCCGGUUUACUUUGAUCCACAGGAACGACUUGAACACGAAGGCUUCCCUGUGCAGGUGAACUCCAAGCUGCUGCUCUCUCACUGUAAGACUAACCAGUGUCUGGCUGCCAUGCCGGAACACACACUCUGGACCCCGUUCGGUAGGGAGUCAGAGGUCGCGGCUCACACCUUCCUGGAUUCCCAUAAAGCCGAGCAGGUCUGCAACCACUGGAUCUUCAUGACGGCUGAACCGGGAGAAGCUCCUCAGGCCGAGUCCAGCGGCUCGGACAGGAACCAGUCAGAAACAUCAACACACACACACACAGCUGAAGACACACACACGCGAGUGUAAGAGCUGCUCCUGCGUCCGGAUACUAAGAAACUGUCUCUUCAUUAUCGAGUGCAAAAAUCCUGGAGUCACAAUUACACCCCGUCUCUAAACAUCAGGUUCUAAUAAAGAAGGUCUGAGAUCAU